AUGCAGUUACAAAACGGUGACGUUACGGCAAAUGGAGCAGUGGCCGCAGAUUCCUACCACGUUGGACAUUUGCUCUUGGAUUUCUUCAAUAAGCCUGAAGAUUUUGUUUGGCAGAUCGACGCGGGAACUGGCGAAGUUGAGAACAAGUCAUCGGUGAAGUCCCGUUCCAUACAAUUGGCGAGAUGUCUGAGGAACGCCGGUUUUAAGCCGGGUGACGUGAUCGCCGUGUCUGGCAUCAAUCAUCUUGAUGUGCACAUCCCUUUCUAUGCUGGAUACUUUAAUGGACAUCCAAUAAUGGGAAUAGACCCAUCAUAUAGAUACGAUGAAGUAAAGAGGCUGUUUGAAAUAACUAAACCAAAAGUGACGUUUAUCGAAGUGGAUCUCCUGGAAGAAUAUGAAAAAGUUAUCAAAGACCUUGGAAUAAAUACGAGGAUCAUAACAUUCGGCGACAGCGACAGAUCUUUGGCCAAAUUUACAAAGACGUACGAUGAUGGUGCACCGGACAGCGGAUUCAGAGUGGCCACGUUCGACACGAGCAAGGUGUACGCGUGGCUCGUCCUAACCAGCGGCACCACGGGACUCCCCAAGGUCGCAGCCUUCAAGCACUCUGACAUUUUCACCAUGAUCAAAAUCUACUCAGUCAUGAAAGAGAAAGAAAUGGCUCCGUUUUUGCUUUUUCCGAGUGUGCAGUGGGUAUCUUCAUACGUAACGACAUUAUGUAUGAUUUACGGAAACCAUAUCAAGUUGCAGUCCUCGACGCCCAUCACCGUGGAACAUAUUAUCGAAAUCAUUAACAAAUAUAAGCCAGUUGCCGCCAUAUCAACCCCGUUAUUAAUCAAUGGCAUCUUGAAGCAUGAGAAACAUUGCGACAUGACGUGCUUUAAAAGGCUCCUCGUCACCGCAUUUGCCAUUAACCCAGUAACCUUGAACCAACUGAAGGCAAAAAUGGGACCACGCGGCGAGGUGUGGAACCUACUAGGGCAGACGGAAUGUUUGGGCCCGAUUCUGCUGCCGGCUCCGAAUGGUCCCCAGGGAAAUUGUGGGACAGAGAUGCCUAUUAGACCAGUAAAACUGGUAGAUACAUCAACUGGCCAAGUAAUCACAGAACCAAACAAGGUCGGAGAGCUUUGGGUAAAGGGCCCAAAAUUGACAGAAUACUACAUGAAUCCAGAGGCAACAGACGCUGCGUUCUCGGAUGGCUGGUUAAGAACUGGAGAUCUGCUGUACAGAGACGAAAAGGGAUACUUCUUCUACGUGGAAAGGAUAUCCAGCUCGUUUAGAUAUCGUAACUUUUUUAUCACACCCAUGGAGCUAGAGCAUGUGAUUCAGGAGCACCCAGAUGUGCUGGACGUGUGUGUGGUGGGCGUGCCGCACCCUGAGGAUCACAAACACGCUAUUGCGUGCGUCAUGCGAUACCCCGGCUCCACACUAACAGAGCAGGGCGUUAAGGACAUCAUUUCUAAUAAACUAUCGGCUUACAAACAAGUGAGCAGCGUCAUUUUCGUCGACAACUUCCCUAGAACAAUCUCCGGCAAAGUCGCCAGAGGAAAAGUUCUCGAGUACGUCUUAGAAGUCCAAAAAUUGGGAACAUCGGAAUGGCCGAGCUCUGGCAACACAAAGAAACUUAUCAGUGCCUUCCAGCAGCUUAAUACUACGGGUAAUACCAGAUAUUUGUCCAGAGGGCGACACUGAUGGACUACUGAGGGUUGAGGGCAGAAAAGAUCAUUAACUGUAAGACGUAAUGUAAGAUAAAUGUAUCACAUGCUAGUGUUAUUAUUGUAAAUUUAAUUAAUUUAAUUUAAUCUGUUUAUUUCAUAUAUAUGAUAAUGUAAAUAUUGUAUUUUAAAUUAUGCUACACCAACCUGGUAAAAUUGUAUUGAGACAAAUCAACAUAUAUAUGUCUUAAACUGUACCAUCUUAUGUAAUUGUAAACAUACAAUUUAUGUGAAAUAAAUAACUGAAAUAAAAUUAACUUUACAAGCCAAAGUUAAAAAAAUAUUAACAGGCAUCUAAGAUACUGACAAUCGGUCGUGUAAAUAUAUUUUUGGAUCGUUUGCAUGUAAAGAUGAUUUUGAACUUAGACCGACCAUAUCAGCUGAAAGAAGGCCACUGCAGAUAGGCAGAUAGAUAGGGGGAUAGGAUAGGUGACGGGGACCAUUGCAAUGUUAAUAAUUAUCUAAUGUGACAAUUGUUAUAUUAUAUCCAGAUACAGUAUUUAGUUAAAAAAGAGAAUCAAACAUUAUCAUUAUCAGAUACAUUUUAAGUUUCAUGAAUUAGGGAGUUAGUAUGCUGCAACCGAAAAGCGCUAGUAAGGUAAGGCGGGGUAAGACUAACAUAGUUUAUUUUGCUCGGGACAAGACAAACAGAAUAUGAGGAUUCCAUGCAAGUGAUAGUCUUACCUCGGUGAUAGUCUUACCCCACCUUACUUAGUACAUAGGUAGUAGUAGUAAACACUUUAUUGCACUUUAUUAUACUUUAUUGCUCAAAACAUGUACAGUCGCUAUCAAAUAUAUCGGAGCGGCCAAGGUGUUCACAAUA